AUGAUUUUAAUCUGUGCCUUUUGUAUAGUAUUAAUACAGACAUCAACAGCCCAUGUAAUUUCAUAUGUUCCAAGAAAUAUUCAAGGCAAUAUUCAAGGACCAGCCCAAAAUCUAAAUAAUUUUACUCCCAUAGCAAAUAAUCGGGCGGCGAUAUCUCGACCGUUACCGUAUGCUAAUUACAAUACUAAUAAUUUUCUCAAUGCCAAUAUAGCAAACGCACAGGUUACUAACGCUGAAUUAGAAAAUGCAAGAAUUGCAAACGCACAAAUUGCAAACGCGGAAAUUGCUAAUGCAAAGUUUGCAAACGCUCAACUUGCGAACGCAGAACUAGCGAAUGCUAAAUUUGCUAACGGGCACAUCGCGAACGCCGAGCAAGCAAAUUUAAACUUUGGCAUGGCAGAACUCGCCAGAUUUCAACCGUCUUGGCCUAACAAAAACAUUGCAAAUGUUAACACGAAUGUGGAAAAUGCAAAUGUAAAUUUGCCAAAUAACCUUGGAAACGCAGGUUUUUGGGCUAAUAAAUUAGUCAAUUUAAAUGGUAAUAUGGCAACAUUUAGUCUUGGUGAUGGACCACAUGCAUUCACUGUUACAAGUGGAUCUCCUAACAGUCCACCUUUUGGAAUUCAGUUAAUGGCUGAUGCUUUAGAAGUUGGUGGUACGGUUUCCGUGAAUGGACAGUAUCCAAUAUUUGGAACAGUCGCUGUAAAUGGCAAUUUACCCACAGAUGGAUCGGCAGCCGUUAAUUAUAGCUGUGGAAGACCAGUCAAUGCUCAAUAG